AUGAGCGGCUGGGUUUGGUUGCACGAUCGGCGCGGUGGAAGAGGCCAUGGCGGCGGGGCAUCCGAGAGAACCGGGCCGGGCUCGGGGACGGGAAGGGCGGGGGCCCCGCGGCUGCGGCCGCUACUCUGGCUGCUGGUGGCCGUGGCCUUCGCCGCCUCCGAGCAAGAGGCCGGCCGCGAGCGAGACCUUCCGCCUCAACAGGAGCAGCAGAAGCCGCCGCCGCCGCCCCAGCAGCCGCAACCGGUCGUGCAGGGGCCGGAGCUCGCUCGGGCUGAGAAAGGACCUACCCUGGUUGUUCCCAUCCAUUCCGUUAGUGAAGAUUCUUUGGAUAAAACUAACCUAGGAUUCAUCCAUGCAUUUGUGGCUGCUAUAUCUGUCAUCAUUGUUUCAGAACUGGGCGAUAAAACCUUCUUUAUUGCUGCUAUUAUGGCAAUGCGUUAUAAUCGCUUAACGGUCCUGGCUGGUGCUAUGCUGGCCUUAGGGCUCAUGACAUGUCUAUCCGUUUUAUUUGGUUAUGCUACCACAGUAAUUCCCAGAAUAUAUACCUACUACGUGUCAACAGCACUCUUCGCAAUUUUUGGCAUCCGAAUGCUUCGAGAAGGCUUGAAGAUGAGCCCAGAUGAAGGUCAGGAAGAAUUAGAGGAAGUUCAAGCAGAACUCAAAAAGAAAGAUGAGGAACUCCAGAGAAUGAAACUGUUAAAUGGGCCUGGAGAUGUAGAAACGGGUACAGGCCCUGCAAUACCUCAGAAGAAAUGUCUGCAUUUUAUUUCUCCAAUUUUUGUGCAAGCAUUUACUUUAACCUUCUUAGCUGAAUGGGGUGACCGCUCUCAGUUGACCACCAUUGUUCUGGCAGCAAGAGAGGACCCCUAUGGUGUGGCAGUGGGUGGAACAGUUGGGCAUAGCUUGUGUACUGGCCUAGCAGUGAUUGGAGGAAGAAUGAUAGCACAAAAAAUCUCAGUUCGAACUGUGACAAUCAUAGGAGGCAUUGUUUUCUUAGCAUUUGCAUUCUCUGCACUAUUUAUAAGCCCAGAUGUUGGAUUUUAGCAAGACGUUUUUUCUUUUCCUUGAAAUACAGGAAUUAGAACCAGUGACUCUGCCUUUGGCUUCCUGUAUAUAAUGUACAGCUACUUAGUCAAACAAGCACUGAAGAUGGGAUGCUGUAACUUUUAUAGUAACAAUUAGUUUCAUAUAUUUUGUAGAUAGUCUCUUCUGGACACUUACAUGAUCUAUAUAUUUGGGACAUGAAUAAUGUACAUUUGCUUACUGUACUGGCUCAGAUAAACUGAGGUCCACCUCCUGAAAUUUUGUGGAGUUAUUUUAUCUACAGAUGCCCAAAAACCACUGCUGGAAAAUCCCCUCUGAUUUUGUUGCUCAAGCACAUGGUUCCACAAUCAGAAAUGAAGAGCUAUUCUAAUGACUAACUCAUCUACUCAAGACAUUGAAUGUGGUGGACUUUGGAAGAAUCAGGAUACUUUGAUAUAGAAUGUACUAAUUCAGAAAUGGUCUCAAAAUACAGAAUCCAUCUAGAUAUUUACAGAUCAAUUUUUUUGUAUUUAUACUGAACGUUUUCAGAUUAAAAUAUUCUUAAAGUGGUCACUGUUUUCUUUUUAGUAACUAUAAUAUGGGAGAACAUGGAUAAAACUAUCUCCUAUUACAGAAAUGUGAUUAAUAUGAGUUCUGGCUUCAUUCAGAGGAAAAUGUGUACUGUUCAAUAUUUUAUAUUUUUAUUGGUUGUAGCCAUUUCUUUUGACUCCAGUACCUUUGAUGGACAAAUAUUUCUGUGAUUUCUCAUGAUUGCUAUUGUUUUUAAUUUAAGUCAUGCUACUUGUCAGUUAUGGAAAAAUUAUUAUAAUUUGACAUUGAUUCGCUUCACCUGCAUUGUUCUAAGCUGUGCCAUGAUUUUGCUUUAGCAUGUUGUGUGGACUCAGCCAUUUGGUACAUAAACUCUGGUCUAUAACUUAGCGUUACAUGCAAACCCAGUCAGGCAUAACAUUUAACAAGUCCUGGCUUAAUGUAAUUUGUGGAUCUAGCCAUAGUAUCUGAGGCACCAGAUUCUGCUGCUAAAGAUGUUUUACAUAAAGUAUGGAACUGCAGCAAUAUGGGGAAACACCUUCCCCAAAUUAAAGCUUUAUAGCUCCUAACCAAAUUAAUAUUGCAAUAUGAAGACUGAGAUAAUAAGAUUUAUUGGAGAGUUCCAAACAUGAUCUCCUUUUUGCCCUACGAUGUUGGCAUUUUCCAUAGUUCUAACAGCAGAAACCAUCGAAAGGGGGCUGGGGUUAAGUAUAAGGGAAUGGCUUUGGGUUCAAAGGGUUCCCCUUGCUUAUGUCAUGUGCCUGACAUAGGGAAGAAUUUAGAUCAGCUAUUUUGCUGGUCUAAAUAUCCUUCCAUUGCUUGGGAUUGAAUUAAUUUCUUGAAGGUAAUGAGAACAAUUAAUGCUGUUCUUAUUUUUGAUCUGCUACCAGCAGGAUUCUGGAUUUGCCAAUUGCUGUCUCUGAGCAAUAAAGUUGCUCCACUUGUAGCAAAAAAAGGAAUCUAGGCUGUAAAAGAUGGGUAUCAAGCUGGAAAGAUUGCUUAAAAAUAAAUUCUUUUGUAAAGGUGA